ACUAUUUUUUACGAUUGCACGAUGUAAAAUCUCUACACCAUUACAGUAUUUGUUUGUCUAAAGAAAAUAAAAAGUUGGUUUUGUUAAAAUGUUUAGGAAAAGAUAAUUAAGAUAGAUAGAUCAAAGUUAUGGAAGCCCGAAAAAGAGUAAAAGAACGGUUGGAAAACUUGACUAAACUUUAUGAUGAAAGGAAAAUAGUUGCCUCUUCGAAAGCGAGUGCAAUUUCUUUUUUUUCAACGAGAUUUUGCCAUUCAUACCCGGAAGCAAAAACGUUGCAAUCAGGAAGUGCUGGGGAAUUUAUUGAAGAAGUGGCUAGAAAUCAUUUAAUCAAUAUAACCGCCAUUGGGGUUCGCACAGUGGGAAGUACGGAAAAUGAAGAAAUAACUGUUGAUUAUUUCUUAACUAUUUUGAAAAAAAUUAAAGAAAAUGCUUCUAAAGUCCAUGACAUAGAAAUUAUUUCAGAGAGAUGCUCAGGUUCUUUUUUUAUAGAUGCUUUUGGAACUAGUUUUGGUAUUGCAUAUGAAAAUGUGAACAAUAUAGCUGUUCGAAUUAGACCUAACACAGGAGCUAAUCAUGACCUUUUAAUAAACUGUCAUUACGAUAGUCAAAUUGGAACACCCGGUGCAAGCGAUGAUGCAGUCUCCUGUUCAAUUAUGUUAGAAGUGCUACGAGUACUUAGCGAGUCUAAUGAAAGACUUGAAUAUGGGGUUAUUUUCUUGUUUAAUGGAGCCGAAGAAACAAUUUUACAAGCUAGCCAUGGAUUUAUAACCCAACAUAGUUGGGCUAAAAGUGUUAGGGCUUUUAUUAAUUUAGAAGCUGCAGGAGCCGGUGGAAGGGAACUGUUGUUCCAAGCUGGUCCUGGAGCUCCCUGGCUUUUGGACACCUACGCUAAAAAUGCGCCUCAUCCCUUUGCCUUUGUAUUGGGACAGGAACUUUUUCAAGCUGGUAUUAUACCUGCCGAUACAGACUUUCGUAUAUUUAGAGAUUUUGGGGAGUUAUCCGGCUUAGAUAUGGCUUACAUUCACAAUGGUUAUGUCUAUCAUACAGCCUAUGAUGAACCAAAAAGAAUUCCUAAAGGCUGUAUCCAGAGAAGCGGAGAAAACUUAUUGGCAAUUGUAAAGGCGAUAGCAAAUUCACGGUAUCUUGCCAAACCAUCAGCUUUCAAAAAAGACUCCCUGGUUUUCUUCGAUGUAUACGGUUUCUUUAUGAUAACUUAUCCAUCUUCUUUCGGACUGGUUUUGAAUUGCGCUGCAUGCGCAAUAGUUAUAUUUGGCGUAAUAAGUAAAAUAAUUCUAAAUCAAGACAAAAAAUAUACAAAACUAUUUGUUAUUGGUUUUUCAACUCAAUUUCUAGCUCUAAUCUUUACUUUGUCAAUAUGCCUUCUAAUUGCUCAUAUUUUGACAAACAUAGGAAAAACUCUAACAUGGUAUACAAACUCUUGGCUAAUCAUUCCUCUAUAUGUAUGUCCGGCUAUAUCAGCGCUGACAAUGACACACUUUGCUUCAAAGCAACUCAUCUCAAAAAAUACGAAUAAUUAUCAAAUGGAAGAAGCUGUUUUUGAGGCAACAACGUUUCUCUUUACAAUACCAUUAUUCGCUACGACUCUUCUUAGAUUUGAUUCAUCAGCUAUUCUAUUGCUAACAAUUGUACCCCCCCUUGUGGUUAAGAUUCAUGGUAGUGCUUUCGUUACAAAUCAAACUGGUAAUGGUAACAGUAAGGAAUUAUUAAAACGAAUAUGUGCCUUGCACAUUUUAUCAACGUUAAUUCCGGUUUGCCUGAUCAUUUAUAUUGAAUAUGUUAUAUUUUCCUUUUUCGUGCCGUUAUUUGGACGAUCUGGAGAUAUGAUUUCACCAGAGUACGUUAUUGCUUUUUUAGCAGGCUUCUUUACAUACUACACAUUCAGCUAUCAGAUGUCUCUGAUAUAUCUAACCAAGGGUGCACUUAAGUUGCCCUUAACCUUGAUGGGAGUUUUUGGAUUUGGAUGCUUUCUGAUAUUCUUUACACAAUUGGGAUCGCCAUUUUCAAUGGAUACUGAAAAUCCUUCGAUUCAACGUUUAAUUAUUCAGCAUUCAUCGAUUGAGGAUCAUAGAGAAAAUUCAAGCCUUUUUAAUAAAACUGGAUUCUGGGUUAGCCCAUUGGACUACCAUAGCUCUGAAAAUAUGUAUAAACUUCCUAUGCUUGAUGGAGCGUUACCUGUAACUUGUAAUGAAGAGCAACCGUAUUGCGGAUUGCCUUUCUAUCUUCCGACGAAACAUAUAAUUAAAAAUACUUUUUGGAUCAAUGGGAAUAAACCAGCCUUUAAGCACUCAAUUCACCUUGAAAACUGGAAAACAGUUCAAGAGGACGGGGCAACGAAAUUGUUUUUCAAACUAACUGGUUCCGAUCGAAGAGUGAUAAUGCUACGUACUAAAACUGGCGUUGAACUGACUGGCUGGUCCAUUUCAGGUGAAAAAAAACCAGCAAUUAAUAGUGAUAGCAAACAUUACUUUAUAUUUUACGCUUAUGGUAAAAAACCAAGCAAACCAUUCGAAUUUUGGUGCAAGUUUAAAAACAAUUCAAAGUUGAUUGACAAAUUUGUUGAUAUUGCCAUUGCAAGUCAUGACAUACUAGACGAAAAGAGCUUCUCUACAUCACUGACGAUGCUAGUAAACACUUUACCAGAAGUGAUAUCACCUAUGAUAGUUUCAUCUGAUUUACACUUAUACUCUUUCUAA